UCGAGUGGCGUCGAGUGUCGAUCGGAUGUCCGCGGAGGGCGGCGGCUACUCGCCGUGUCCGGCGGAGGCGCUGCCGGAGCUGAGCGCGGCCGAGCUGGCGAUGAGCUUGUCGCCCAAGUCGGCGCUGCUGCAGCAGAACCUGUCCCAGCUCCAGCUGCAGCAUUCCACCCCGUUCUCCGUGACCGACAUCCUGUCGCCGAUCGAGGAGUACCGCAAGUUGGAGUUGGCGAACAACCCGCCGUCCCCAUACAGAUCAAACUCAUCGGGUAGCAGCAUCAACUCGCCGCUGGGGCCAGCAGCCUCGUGCGGGAUGGCUGCGAACCCCUACGCCGUGCCGCUGUAUGGGGGCGCGCCCGUGCAAGGCUACGGCUGCGCCCCCGCGGACCUGCCCCACUACGGGGACAUGCGGGGCGCGAGCUGGUACCCAGCGUCCAAUGACCCCAGGUUUGCCAUUUCCAGGCUGAUGACGUCCACCUCCGGGGGCAUGGGGCAUGUGAACAAUAUGGGCGGGCUUGCGGCGUGCGCGGGGCCGGACGCGAAGCCCAUGCAGUUCCCUCUGGCCCAGAGACGCAAGCGGAGAGUGCUGUUCACGCAAGCUCAGGUUUACGAAUUGGAGAGGCGGUUUAAGCAGCAGAAGUACCUGUCGGCGCCCGAGAGGGAGCACCUCGCGUCACUCAUCCACCUCACACCCACUCAGGUGAAAAUAUGGUUUCAAAAUCAUCGCUAUAAAUGUAAGAGACAGGCGAAAGAAAAGGCAAUGGCGGAACAAAAUCAACACAAUCAGUCAUCGUCAUCCCCCCGGCGGGUGGCGGUGCCGGUGCUGGUGAAGGACGGCAAGCCGUGCGGCUCGGGCGAGUCGUCCUCGCCCGCGCACAGCCACUGCGCCACGCCCACGUCGGGCUACACCGCGCAGCCCGCGCAGCCGGCCUGCAGCAACCCGCUGGCCUCCUACCGGCAGCCCGCCGCCUACCAGCAGCAGUGCUCCGGCUACCUGCCCCUCCAGGGCCGGGCCUGGUAGAAGUUCCCACAGCUUUACCACGAGACAAUGUUCAAGGAGGAGAUGUAUUUUGAUUAGUUGAAACACCUAGAACGGUGUUUCGAUGAUGUGUUUUUUGUUGAAUUAAGUCCGUUUCUGUCUCUUUUAGGAACAUUGUCACUGGUAAAGCGUCGGGAUAGCGACCAGUGAGUGAUAGAACUAGUGGACAUUUGUGGACUUUCAAAAGUGAAACCUUGUUGAUACCGCAGCCGGAGGAGGGUACUGUAAAUAGUAAUAGAUAAGCACGAUUAAGGAUUUGACGACUUUCAUUUUCCGUUUCCUUUUCUGUAAUAGAUCGAUUGUUUUCAACCAAUAUUAACGGUAUACGUAGAUAUCAAAAUAUUGCAGCUUGCGAAAUCAGAUUUUCAGCAAUUGUAAAUAACGAAGUAGUUAAUUGUUGUGUGAAUAGUAUAAUUUAUGAUUUACGGUCAGUGUUUUGUGCGUGUGUAGAUAGAUUCGUGUAAAUACGUAGCUAACAUUAUUGAUAGAUGAAUAUUUUAACAUCUUGUUUAAGAUUAUGUCAUACUUACAAUUUUCAUACUUAUUUCACUAAUAGCGAUGAGAAAAGUUGAAAAAAUAUGACAUUUCUGAUACUCUGAGCUUCCGAGUUUCAAUUGCAAAUUAAAAAAGCAAAUAUUAUCAUGAUACACGUAUUUUUUCAACUUUCCUCAUAUUUUACACAUUCUCAUAUUAUAAUAUACUAUCAGAAUAUUUAUUUGUGAGAAAUAAAUAAUUUAUAUGAAUAUUUUUUGUUUAUUUUGAACCGGUACGUCCAAUAGUUGCAUUUAAUCAUUAGAGUUAGUGUAAAAUUUUAAACAACGAACCAAUCUUUUAAUAAAUGUUUAGUGUUGAUUUUGUUAGAUUAGAUUUCGUAAUUAUAACAGACUAUGGUCUAUGAGCAAUAAAUAACAAUUAAAAUAUUUGCUAAAUGUAGAUUUAUGUUUAACUAAUGAUAAUUAGGUUGUUUCGUUAUCUGCUCCAAAAUUCUUGUCUCUCUUUUAUUUUCAUCAUAAAAAUUAUAGCGUACCUACUUCUAGCUGUUUUUCUUUAAUUUUUCUUCCUUGAGAUUAAAUCUUAGAGCACAAGUUGGUCUUAAAAUAUUUUCAUCUCGUUAAAGACGUCGUCGACUGUGUACUUAAUUUUUGUCAUAUUUAUUUUACAUUGUAAAUAAAGUAGGGAAAUUAAAAACAUUCGUACCUAUCACCAUAGGGUUUGGGAGAAUCCUAAACUAAAAUAUUAAAACAUAGCAAUAAGCUUAACUUUAUUAAGUUUUUUAAGUAACGUUUUGUAACUUAAUUUAUAUUUUCCACAUUUAGACCGAUGUAAUUAUUUAGCUAGGCUAUAGAUACGUUAUUACGAUUACAAUAAUUAUUAUAAAUAAUAGAAUUAAUAAUAAAAAGGAAUUUGUAAUUAUAACGACAAAAGGUGUAAUGAAUUUCGAUUUAU